UAUCCCCCGUUUUUUUCUAGGCGGAGUAAAAUUAAGGUACCGGUAGGUUAUUUUAUUUUGCUAACCGCGGUUGUCAUUGCUUAUACCCUAUAGUGAUUAUUUGGACGUAUAAAACAAUGUUAAUUUUCAAUGGACCCUACGUAGCUCAAUGUGGUUGAUGGAAUUUGUCUGCUACCAGCAUUUUGAUCCAUUAAGAGGAUUUUCCUUGUGUUAUUCUUAGAAAUCAGGAACUGCGAAUUGUUUUCAACCGGAAGAAGACCCGUGAGGUCAUGGGGGCAAAGUCAGUAGCAAAAUGGCGACUGUUGGGCGGGUUGUACAGGUACGCUUGUCUAACUGGGUAAUUUAUCGCUAUGCAACAACUCUUGUCACUCAAGCUGUGAAACCUCAUGCUCCACUAAUCAAGUUUCCCAACAGAGAGGGGGUACCCAGGCCGAAUGUCCAAGAGGCUCUUAAAACAUUAGCAGUCAGCUCUCCUAGUCCACCUCCACUUGUAGUGCCGCUGCCGUUAUCAAGACCCCCUGGACCUCUCACUCGGCUCCCUGGAACCCCAGACAGCUUGGCCACAGUGAAGGAACUCCCCCAAAGAUACCGCAGGAGAGCACUGGAAGCAGAAGAGAUGGACUAUAUUCAGCGUGGUGGACCAGAGUGAACUUGAGUGACUCAGUGAAUGCAACCAAGGUCCUUAUCUGUGGAAAUCAGUUUUUUUGCCUAAUUUUGUUCUUCAACAAGAGGACCUGCUGCAACACCUCAUUAAACGUCAUGCAGAAUAAAGUUUUUAUUCAUGUUGAAAUUGUAUAUAUAAAGUUUAUUUUUAAAGAUGUGACUGUAGAUAUUUUUUGCUUGAUUCUACCUUAAUUUCAAUGGGUACAUUUUAAUUGUUUUAUUUUAGAAGAAAAGCCAUUACAGUAAAUCUUCCAAUUAUACUAUUUGUUAAGCACCCACCUCAUUCAGUGCUCACUAUUUUACACCUUCACUUAAUUCAAACCUUGAAGGUUAAUGUUGGCAUCAACAGUACAUCUGUGUACCAUUGACCAGCCCGUUAUCCCAUCCCUACACUACAUUGUCGAUAGUUGCAUAUUUCUAUGACAAGGACCAGACUGAAUUACGCCACAAAACUGAAGAAAAUGAAGGGCUCAUUUCUCAAGGCCCAGAUUAACAUGGAUUAAUCUGGUGCAAAUUUGUUCGGGUACAAAGCAAGUAGGAUACAUAAUGGAAGUGAAUGGAUUUUGAUUGAUAUUGGACAAGAAUGAUUAAAAUGAUUACUGUGAAA